CCGGGUACCGUCUCAUUAACGCAGUAAUUAAUUUACCGCGUUGACCGAGUUACUGUAUCCGAUAAUACGACAGCAUGAGCUGACAUAAUCAGCGUUAAUCGGCUCGUAGGAUAGUCAGUGUGUAAAUAUGUAAAAAGUAUAAAUAUAUCGUAUUUUACGAUUCAUAAUGCCUGGGAAACUAGACGGGACGUCCCGUGUUAAGUUUUGUUUUCCAGCCUCGUCCCCGCGUUAUUCCCUUUUCUCAUAUGUAAUUCUUGCUAUAUUCAGAUAGAUUUAAGUAUAUCUUGUGCAUGAUUGCCCUCAUUUUAUUUGAAAUGUUUAGAAAAUAUGUGUUGAUUUUUAGUCCGUACGUGCUUAAUUAUUGAGCGUAUGCUUUUAAGUGAGUUUGAGGCCGUUGACUUGAUUACGAUUGAAUAAAACACCGGUGAAGAUGACUUCCCUCUUCCCCAAAAAAUCAAUUUUAGAAGAUUUUGACGAGUCCGAUCCGCUAGCUGAUUUUUCUCUCUCUGAUGAUGAUUUUUUUGACGAUCCCAAGACAAAACCGUCGAUUAAGAACACACCUGCAACAAAGAGCGAUGUACAAAUGGACGGGCAGAAACCGGAGGAGCGAUCGAGGAAAAUUGCUGACCUCUUCGGACUCGAGAAGGACGCGGAGUCAACGGAGCAGGCGGCCGAAACGGCGAAAAAGGACAGCGCCAGCUGGCUCGGCCUCAAAAGCAGCCCCGAGAGCGAGACGAAGAAAGACCCGAGUGCCAAAAACGAGACCACGUACAGUCUGGGACUUAACGCAGACAUGAAGGAACCGGCGGGGAAACUGGGAGGUUUCGGGAUGAGCAGCGAGACCCGGAGAAGAAGGAGCGAAGGUCUCGGGAUCAUGAAGAGCGCCGAGAGCAAGAAGAGCAUCUUCAAGUCUUUAGAUAUACCAUUGGAGACGGAAACUUCAGAUCCACCGAAAAGGGUUAGCUUCAGUGACGCGACCAAGAGAGGCGACGCGGAUAUUUUCGGAGGACUAGGUGACAUGGACGAUCUGCUUCCAGACCGUACGCCUGAUCACAGUCAGGAUACCAAGACGACGGAGAGACUCCCACCUUCUUUCGAUUUGAAAGAUUCGGAAGAAAAACCACCAUCAGUGGCACCUAAAGAUUACGUACCAUCAGCUGGCACACCCAACCGGAGGCCAAGUUUCGGUAGACGCCGGGAAUCAGAGACUACGCCUAAAAUGGUGACAUCUUUCAAAUCUCAGUUCGGUUUGGACGAUUUGGACGGCCCUUUGGCUGGCUUGAAACCCAGAGAGCCGCCAGAGAAGCGCUUCAAUGUGAAACCACCCAACGAAGUCGUAUCAAACGAUCCUAUGAGCAUUUUAGGUAAGGAGAUGCCAGAGUUCAAAGAUUCUGCUGGGAUUGCUCGGAGGGACCAAAGCCAGCUCCCUUCGUGGCUUACGGAUCAAACAUCUCAAGGAGCUUCAGUUGUGUCUUCGGGAGCUUUAACGACCUCAACAAUGCUUGUUUCUACACCUGUCAAGGACGCAGUUCUUUCUGACACCAACGAAUCGGUGCAAGGCGACGGCAUUUCACGAGUACCAACAGAGUCUCACAUAAAAUCGGCGAUAUCUUUGGGAGAAAAGGCCUUCGUAUCGGAAAAAACGAUCCAGUCAUUGCAACAAACUCAUUCUCAGUUAUUGUCCGUCUUGAAAAUGCAGCAACAAAAGGAGAUGAUGGACAGCAUAACGACACGGCAGUUGGCAGUGUUGCACAAACAGGAGGAGCAAAUAGAGCAGCUCAUUCAAAAACAUUUGCAGAAGCAGAUGGAAGCAGAGGCCAUUGUCGAGAAGCAGAUGCAACAGAUAAACGAUAUCAUCUUGGUGUUAAUGUCUCAACCAGAUUCAGGCAAACCCAUUAUGUUGGACGAAACAGUUAGCAAAGGGAAAAGCGAAGAGAGAGCGGACGAAGCAAUUUCUCCAACAGAGGUUCUAAAUUUAAAUAGACAAAUUUUAAAUUUGGAGGAUAGUAUGCAGCAUCUAGAGUUUGAAAACAAAAAAUUACAACUACAGUUGGAGUUUGCAGAGAAUCGAUACAAACUAGAAUUGGAAUCCGUCGAGAAAAAUCUCAAUUACGAGCUACAAAUGAGCACAAAAAGAGAAGAAAAAUUGAAUAAGUGUCUGGAACAGAUGGAAACAGAAUACGAGGAAAAACUGAGCAAAUUGAAACACAAUGAGAUAGAGCAACGAAACUCGUACGAGGAGAAAAUAAGCGUACUGCAAAAUGAGAGACUAAAGGAUUAUCAGAAGCUGAACGAAAUUCAAAAAUCCGUUCUGGAGCAGACAUUUUCAUUCGAGGCACAGUCGCACUUUAAAGAUUUCGGGAAGCUGUUGAGACCUACAGUUUACCAGAUAAAUAAACCAGAAAAUGAAGAGGAGUUAUCAGAACGAGAGGAAAAACUGUUGGUACGAGAAAAGCACCUUGCUAGUAUGCGAGAUGCUUUGAAACGGGAAAAAUUAGCCCUGGAGACGCAAUUGGAAUCCGUUGCGAACAGAAGCGAGGCGCUGGAAAUGGAACGAUUGGAGGAAAAACUGCGAUUCGAUACCGAGAUGAGACAAGUGAGGAGCGAGAGGAACUCGCUGGAAAUUGAAAAAAGAGCGUGGCGCGAGGAGAAGGAUGCAGACCUGAAGCAAAUCGAGAAUUUGAAACAUCAAGUAGAAUCGAUGCGGGAGUUAAUGCUCAAACAGCAAGAGGCGUUGGUUCGAGAAAAAUUAGAACUCGCCUCGGAACGAGCGCAAGUGAACGCCAUUUCUAAAGUGCACGGCGCAAGUCUCUCCAGUGCAAUAGAUUUAGCUCAAGCAAAAGCCGAGAUGGACGGAGUCGUGGAGGCUGCCAAAAAAGCGGAGAAGGCGCUAGAAGAAGAAAAACAAGAUCUGCUGGAAAAAAAGAAACAGCUGAUAAACGAGAGCUGGAAGCUCACGGAAAGGGAACAGGAAGUCACGAUGAGAGAGAACUUCGUCAAACAGUUAUUGGAGGAGUCACAAAGGAAGAAGGAGGAAGGCCUUGAGGCUUUACGACGCGCCAAGGAGUCGGAAAAGGCAGUAAAUGAUGGACAAGCAGAGAUACAGGAGAAAAUCAACGAAUUAGAAAUUCAAGAGCGUAAUUUAAUGAAGGAGAGACUGGAAAUAGCCCGGGCAUGGAAAGAACUAAACAGGAGCAGAUCUCAGUUGGAAUUCCUACUGCCAGAAUUGACGAAUGAGGAGAGGCAACUACUCCAGCCUUCAACUAGACAGAAUCAAGUCGACCGAAAUUUGAUCGUUUACAAGCUACCUGCUGAGAGGGAAGGAGACGGCUUCAAACCUUUCACAAGUUCAUCGAGCCAUUUUAAUUUCAAUGUUGGCCAGGAAUACACUUGAACUGAUCAUUUUAGGCGUAAAAUGUGCUGGCGUUUGCAGUUGAAACAAACUCAACAUUCGACGUAUACCAAGGAUACAUCCAUACACCCUGAAUAUAUUUCUUUCUGCUAGAUUUUCAAGCUUAGAGACGACAACAACAUAAAAUUUGAAUAGGUACUGAAUGCUAAAAAUCUGAUUGGCAAAGGUUAACUGUACUUCUAGAACACUUGAUAAUAAAAAGUGCAGCAUUUUGA